ACCGUCUGAAGCCCAUCUCGCGUUACAGCUCGCAGAGCCCUGAUAGCGGGAUCGGGCGGCUGACAGGUCCGUGACGUCAUUUUUGUGCGACGCACGCCGGCGGCUCCGCUGCCCAGCAACCGCUAACAUCAGCCAGCGGGCCGACCAGCCGAGCGGAGACUGGGAGCCGAGUGCAUCCCCCACCCAGGGCCGCCAGCACAGUCAUGCCGUAGGGCUCACCCCCACCAGACAUGGAGAAGUACGUGAAAAUAAGCAAGAUCGGGGAGGGCUCCUUCGGAAAGGCCAUCCUGGUGAAAUCCAAAGCCGAUGGCAGGCAGUAUGUCAUUAAAGAGAUCGGCAUCUCUAAGGUGAGUGUCAGCUCCGCGGUACAGCACCGAGCACAGCUCACAGGCACUUCAUGGCCAAGCUGUCAUGGGUUUAAUGGGGUCUGCUGUAUCUCAGCAGGCUGGGGGCCGAGGGCCGAGGGCCGAGGGAUGUAGUUUUAUUUGGUAUUGGGGCACAUUUUUUAUUGGGUUUUUUUUUUUUUUUUGCGUUUAUAAAGCACCAAUUUAUCCCAGAGCGCUUUAUAAUAUUAUAAAAGUGGGUACCGUAAUUCAGCAACUGACACAUUUAGAGAGUGUUACCAGAAUAAUAGGUUAAUGAGGACCCUGCUCAAGCGAGCUUACAAUCUAGAGUUAACAUGGUACUUGGGGUUCAACAUUUUUAUUAGAAGUGCAGUCCUCAAUCUGUCAUGAACUAGGCUUCCCUUAGGGUAGUGCCAAUGGUAGUGCUACACCCUAUGACACGUUUUUCUGAUUUGAAAAAUCAAUUUGUCAAAUGCGAAUACAUUUUAAUUAAAUUGCAUUUCCUUCCGCUAGGUGCCACACUUGUAUUUAAGAGAAUUUUUUUUUACUACAAAUAGUCCUAGUAGAAUCACAGUUAUUCAGGAGUUUGUGGGGCUCUAGUUUUGCAUCGUGCUGUUUACAGCAAUUCACAUUUAGUCACUGAGUUCAUGUGCAAUUUGUGCAGUAGAGCACAUGCACAUUUAUACUGCAGUGGUUUUGAGAACACACACUCAGCUGACCAUUACCUAUCAUCAUAAAACUCCGGAUUCAAAAUGGUUGAAAGCUUGUAAGGGUAUUGGAUUUAUUUAUUUAGUUUAACUUGACUGUUAAUAAUGGCAUACAUUAACAAAAUACAAGCACGUCAGAGCAAGGUGAUUUUUUUUUUUUUAAUAAGCUUAUGGUUUAGGUUACCAACAAUUAACAAUGCAUCCAGAUAUUUAGUCUAUAUACGAUCUAGUACUGUCAAUAAUUGUCCUCAUUACAAAAUUGAAAUAAACAGGCAGAAUGCAAGAAAAAGCAUUAGCCACUUAUGCCUGCGUUAAAUAGAACAGGAAGCAUUAGAAUGUUUGGAAAAUUUUAGAAUCUGGAAAUGGAUGGGUCAGUACAGUGUUUUUUAAAGCUACACAUAUUCAUUAUGGCUCUGUAUUUGCAUUGGUAUGUGUAGUAAAAAAAAAAAAAAAAAUGUGCAAAGACUUUAUACAGAUGAAACAAAAGAAGCACAAAUAAAACCUAAACCUAUUGCACUGUGAACAUCUAUAUUAUAAAAUGGAGGAUGGCAGAGAAAUGUAGCUCAAUAAAAGGUCUACAAAUUAUUUUUUAUUUUUUUUAAAUCCCCACUGAAAUAUACGUAAAAAAUUUCUGUCCGGGUGAAGACGCCACACUGCAACAAAUUCUUGCUUUAUUUUGUUUUCUCUAUAACUAGAAACCGUCAUUAAUAGAGCGCUACAAAGUAUUAGCUAGCUUUCUUUUAGAGGUAAUCGAGUUUCAGUCUGUUUCCUGCUGGAUGUGAGGUAUAAUUCCACCCUUCACUUUAGUGGCCUGGUUCAUAUUACACUGGGACAAACUUAUUAAAUCAUGUAAUUAAGACAUAUUGAAGAAAGUACAAGGAAAUUAAUGUAUCUUGUGAGGAUGAGUCACUGCUGCUACUGAAAGGAUGAAACACACUACUGACCGACAAAGGCACUUAAAUUGGUGAAUGCUCUUCACCUAUCAGACAUACUCUCUCUAAGCAGGAGCAGGUUCAUGCACUUUGCAUGAACGCUGUUUGAUAAGCAAAAUUGCGCUAGAGGCACAUAGGGCUUUGGCUGAGACCUGGAGAAACAUUGCUAAGCCAUCUUGGUGCUUGUUCAGGGGAGGGCUGGCACUCUCAGGCCUGGGGGGCAAAUCCAGUCAAGUGGCCCAUUGCACCCCCAAAUCGUGCCCACCUUUUCCUGGUUUUAUAAUGGAUAUUGAUGUUAUGCUAAUCAGCAGCUCUUUGCCAUACCUACUCCUUUGUGGCUCCGACUUUCAAUGUUGUUAGAGUGCAGGCUGAGUAUCUCUGAUCCUGUGCUCUGACUCACUAGCUGAGCACCGGAACCACAAGGGAGAGGAUAAGAUCUAAGGCAACUACUGCUGGUGCACACCAAUGGACCACCAGGGAAUCGUUUAAAUUAAAUAUGCUGUUGUCCCAAACUUGUGAGCUGUGUUGGUCACCGGGCGGCUCUGUUGUCAUGGCGCCCUACGUGACCCCACAGCUUGCACACCUCAAAGGCUGGCCCUGCUGACAGACACACUGGCACUCACUCUCAAUAACACACACACACAAACCCUGACAGAUAAACACUCACUGACAGGCAGACACAUACACACACACACUGACAGGCAGACACACAUUCACUGACAGACACUUACAUGACAGACACAUUCGUUGGCACACACACUUACUGACAGACACCAGUGCCAUAUUAACAACAUUAUGGGUCUCCGGGCAAAGCAGUGCACUGGGGCCCUGCCUACACAACUUACAGGAAUAAAAACGUAAAUUAUAGAUACAAUAAAGAUUAUAUUUAUAAGUACCUCCAACAAGUGCAAAGCAUACAUACAAUACAUACACACAGACUGCUGAAUACAGUCACACACCGACUGCUGAAUACAGUCACACACCGACUGCUGAAUACAGUCACACACCGACUGCUGAAUACAGUCACACACCGACUGCUGAAUACAUACACGCAAACAGACUGAUGAAGAGACACACACACACAGAGACUGCUGAGUACACACACAGAGACUGCUGAGUACACACACAGAGACUGCUGAGUACACACACAGACAGACUGCUGAGUACACACACAGACAGACUGCUGAGUACACACACAGACAGACUGCUGAGUACACACACAGACAGACUGCUGAGUACACACACAGACAGACUGCUGAGUACACACACAGACAGACUGCUGAGUACACACACAUGGAGACUGCUGAGUACACAUGGAGACUGCUGAGUACACAUGGAGAGUGCUGAAUACAUACACACAGUCCGCUGAAUACAAACACACAAACACACACACAGAUGGCUGAAUACAUACAGACUGCUGAAUACACACACACUGCAGUGAGGGGUGCAGUGUAUGUGUUUGUGUGUAUGGGUGUGGUGUGUGGGGUGCUGUGUGUGUGUUGACUGCUAUGUGAGUGUGGGGUGCUGUGUGUGUGGAGUGCUAUAUGAGUGGGGUGUUGCAUGUGUGGGGAGUGCUAUAUGUGUGUUGGGUGCUGUGUGUUUCAGGGGUGCAGGUAGCAAAUGUUUUUGUUUUUUUAAUACUACUAUACAUUAAAUACAAUCUAUAUGUCCCCCCACCCUUGGUCUUACCUUUGGUAAAAGAGGCUGGGACACAGCCAGUCGUGGUGGUCCAGUUGUGAAUUCUGUACAGCCUGCAACUUGUCUGGCUGCAGGCUGUCUCCUGUCCUCCUGCGCGCAGAAUGCUCUGUGGAGCAUUGCCAUGGUAAUGUGCGGCAAUGCUCCACACAUCCUGCUUGCGGGAGGAGCGAUCUGCCUUACAGAUAGGCUUCUCCUGCAGCCCUAUGUCCUAGAUACCUCUCUCCCCGAUCGAAGGGAGAUCUCCCUCACCGGCCCACGGCCAGAGAACAGGGCCACCUUUCCACUGGCCGGCCAGGGAGGUCAAAGGAUCUCCCCUGUCAGCCAGGCAUGUGCUGGGCAGUGGGGUAACAUUUCCAGACACACACUCACUUACAGACACACACACACACACUCACACUUCCAGACAUACACACUUACUUUCAGACACACACACACAAAUUAAUUUUCUUUUUUGUAACUCCUACCUUUAGGAGUCCUCUCCCCAGAGUCCAGUGUCUUUGAUGCUCUUCCUGCUUCUCUCUGCUCCCUUGCGCAGUUUAGUGAUGCAGGGCCGGAAUGACAUCCUAUUCCGGCUCCCGGCAUCACCAGAGAGGGCGCCUGAGGGAGCAGGAAGAACAUCAGCAGAGGCAGUGCUCCCUUCCAGCCGCCGCCUGCCUCCUUCCUCCUUCCUUCCUCCCACGGCCGGUAUAUUGCUGCAGAGGUGGCCUCUGCCUUGCUACUGGGGCGCCCUAGGUGGCCAGCUGGCCACCUGCUGGGCUCCCUGUGACAGGCCACUAGCCAGCUCUGGGCGGCACCCCCCUCCUUCUGGCGCCCAGGACUGGCCCUGCGGCGCCCGUUUUUCAAAUGACUUAGGGCGGCCUGGGGGGCAAUUGCCUCCCUGCCCCCUGGCCCAGCCCACCCCUGUGCUUGUUCCAUUGUAAAAUUAGGUAAGCAAUUUUAAUGAAUUACCUAACCUCCAAGGUUCUUGGUUCAGUCCGGUUGUACCAGAAGAAAUGGGGUUUUCGGCUCAUAGUCCUUGUCAUAAUGAUCACUGAGUUUUAUUGAGUCAAUUUUCACUAUGGUUGUGAGCAUUCUCUGGACCUUUACAUUCCCAUCCCCCCCUCCUUUCAUGGAUCUCCUAAUUUUAUUUUCUGUGUCCUCUUCUCUCCUUACGUUGGUAUGAAUGUAUUAAAGUCUUUUGAGUGACACAUGUAUUAGAUUUGUUAUAAAAUUCUUGUUUGUAAGUCUGACCUGCCAUUUGCUUAAAAAGAAAAUCUCUUUAAAAGAAGAAAAGCAAUCUCAAUUUAUGCAUUACAUAUCCAAAGUACAGUAUAAUUGAAAAAGUCUACGAUAGUGAUUUGUCGCAAAAUUUGGGGGACACUUAAAAUACAUGCCAAACGAGAAACGAAACUAGUGUAAGAGAGCAUCUUGUCCAAUUUUCUAAAACCUGUUAAGAAUACCAUGGGAACAUAGUAUAUCAGCAACUGGUCUCUCUAGCCUUCACCUCUGAAUAGUAGAUGGACACAGAUCUUGGAAAACCUAAAGAGGUUCUGUUGUAGGUAAGUAUAGUGUUCCUGAACAUCUUGAGUAUGUCUUUCUUGGUCUCAAAUAAAUGAAAUCGAAUGAUUUAAUCUGUUUUGCCUUCCAGCCAAUGUGCCUGUAGGGCUAUGUGUGGUCUAUCGAUUAGACCAGGGGUCCUCAAACUCUGGCCCCCCAGAUGUUGCUGAACUACAACUUCCAUGAUUCCCUGGCUAUCUAAGUAAAUCAAAGAAUCAUGGGAGUUGUAGUUCAGCAACAUCUGGGGGGCCAGAGUUUAAGGACCCCUAAAUUAGACGCAUGUAAUCUGAGAUACCAAGUAGCUUAGGGCUAAAUAUACUUAAAAUGAUUGAUCUUAAGGACUCCUAGGUUCUGGGCAGUCUUAAAUUCGUAAGUUCUACCUCGAUCUAUUAGGUCCUUAAAAAUGGAUUCCAUUUCAGCCAGCCUGACCUGAAUGGCGUUAGAUCUGUGUGUAGCUGUAUUGUAGGACUCCACAACCCUAUCCUCCAACUCCGCUAUUCUCUGACCCAACUCGAGAAUCUCAACUAUUACUCCUCUGUUGCUGCAGUCAAUCUCUCAUGCUAGGAAGGUUUUUAAGCCACCUAUAUUGAGGAUGAUCUUGCCAAGAGAGCAGUUUUGCAGACUCUGUCAUCAUCCCAAUACCCCACAUAAAGGCUUAGUUUAGUGGCACCAGCAUCCUAUGGAGAAGCAACCUGCAAUUUAUUUAUUUAUUUAUGGCUAAGAAUAAGUUGGCCAUUAAAGAUUCCCUCACCUGCUGGCUAUACAUAUUGUCACGAGAUAUGAGAUUGCCAGUAAGUCUAUGGAAUAUAUAAAGCUGUUAGAAGGGUGUCACAAUCAGAACUAAGAUCUUACUCAUCCAUCUAGAUCACCGUCCAAAUCAUGCCCAUAAGGGAAACUUAAUAUGGUUAUCUUUAUAUAUUCCUUUUAAGAUGUCCAACAAAGAGAGGCAGGAAUCGAGAAAAGAAGUUUCAGUGCUGGCGAAUAUGAAGCAUCCAAAUAUUGUCCAAUACAUAGAAUCAUUUGAAGGUAAUUUUUGUACAGUUCUAAGUAACAGAUAAGUGUGUAGAAGUGAGCAUCACUGGUUUUGUUCACUAAGCUAGCCCACACACCUUUUAGAACUGCCGUGCUGCUGCUAUCAAAUUAUGCAUCAAAUCCAUUUGUGUGUAUAUGUUUAUUUUAAUGCAAUUUUGCAUGUUUUAAUCUAUUACCUCUAUACUACAUUCAAAAUGGUUGUCCCUUCCAGCCUCGAUUGUCCUUUUAAAACCUAAAGUUAAACAUGCUGGUGCUUAUUGGGUCUAUAGUUUUGAUGGCUUCAUACAUGGUUUUCAUGUAUGAACCCAUAAAUGUGAGACUGCAUGCAUGGGCGAAGCACCAGCUCCUUACUGAAAACCACAAGGGAAUUGAUCAGAGAGGUGGUACCUGCAUGUAUUUGAUAGACCUUGCAGAGUUACAUAUUUAUUUUUUAUUAUUAUUAUUAUUAUUAUUAUUAUUAUUAUUAGCAUUUAUCUAGCGCCAGCAAAUUCUGUAGCGCUUUACAAUAUUAUAGGUGGGUGAGAUUUAACAAUAAAUGUGACCAUUACAAAAAAUUACAGGAACAAUAGGAUGACGAGGACCCUGCACAAACGAGCUUACAGUCUAUAGGAGGUGGGGUGUAAAACACAUUAGGACAGGAAAUGGCAAUCAAAUAAGGUGCGAGUGAAGCAGAGCUGGAGGAGAGAGUAAAGUGCUGCCUUUUAAUAGAGAGCAAGGGACAGGUAUGAGCGGUAGAGAUUACUCUGGGUGGCCAUAAGCUUUCCUGAAGAGAUGGGGUUUAAUGCACCUUUUUACAUGAUUAAAGACUAGGUGAGAGUUUGAUUGUAGUAGGCAGGAAUUUCCAAAGGAAGUGAACCGCCCGCGAAAAGUCUUGCAAGCGUGAGUUGGCCGUACGGGUGUGAGCAGCAGACAGGAGAAGGUCAUGGACAGAGCGGAGAGAUCAAGAAGGGGCAUACCUAUGGAUCUGUGAAGAGAUAUGAGAGGGGCUAGAAUUGCUCAGUGCUUUCUAGGUAUGGAUUAGUACUUUGAAUUGACUCAUAUAGUAUACAGGAAGCCAAAGGAUUGACAGGGGUGAGGUGUGAGAGGAAAAUCAGUCUGGCAGCAGCAUUCAUUAAAGACUGUAGCAGGGCUAAUAUGGCUUUUGGGAAGACCAAUUAGGAUGGGAUUACAAUAAUCCAUGCAAGAGAUUACUAGAGCAUGGACGUGUCAAAGGCAGCAAAGGGGUUGAGAAGAAUAAGUAUGGUGUAGUGGCCUUUGGAUUUAGCUGCAAUUAGAUAAUUUGUAACUGUAAUCAGAGCGGUCUCCGUGGAGUGGAGGUGGUGGAAUCCAGACUGAAGAGGGUCGAGGAGAGCAUUGGAAUUGAGGAAGCAAGUCAACGGGUAAAGACAAGUCUUGCCAAAAGCUUUGAGGAGAAAGGCAGCAGGGAUAUGGGACGAUAGUUGGAGGGAGAAGCUCGGUCAAGACAUGGCUUUUGAGGACGGGUACAAAAGCAGCAUGCUUAAGGGGAUCAGGGACAACACCAGAGGAAAGAGAGCAGUUGAAAAUCUGAUGAGGUGAGACUGUAUGGGGUUAAGCGGACAUGUGGUGGGAAGAGAGGAAAGGAGAAGAGCAGCCACCUCCUGCUCAGUAUCUUGAGAAAAGGCUUGGGGGGUAGGGAUGGUAUGGUCCAAGUGAGGUUGAGAUAGGGAGAAGUGAAGGGGGAAUAAUUUAUUCCUUAACUGUCUAAUCUUGUUAGUAAAGUAACAUCCAAAGCUAUCAGCUGAUAGAUUAGUUUGAGGGGUGGCUACAGCAGGGCGAUGAAGAGCGUUAAAAGUAUUAAAGUGACACCUAAGAUUGUGAGAGCAUGAACUAAUGCGAGAGGAAAGGUAAGACUAUUUAGCAAGGGUGAGGGCUGCGCUGUAUAAACGCAAGGCAAAUUUAUAGUGCAAAUAUUCUGACUGUGUGUGAGACUUCCUCCAGCAGUGUUCAGCUGAAUGGUGGGAGCAUCUCUGCAGGUAGCAGGUUGACUUAGUGUGCCACGGUUGGAGGCGUGCACUCCUUGAUGUGCGUUCUUGGAGCGUGGCUGCAGCGUCUAGGGGGUAGAAGAGGUGGAGGUAAAGUUGUAUGAGGAUAUAGCCAGAGAGGGACAAGAGAAGAUCGGGAUGGAUGAGAGUUAUGAAAGCAUAUCAGUUGCGAGCUGCUGGAGGUUAAGAGAAUUCAGGUUCCUUCUGAGUUGAGCAGGGAUUAGGCUGAAAAUGUUGGGUGUCGCACUCAAGAAGAAAUGAUAGGAGGUGGUGGUCUGAUAGAGGAAAUGGAGUGUUACAGAGAUUGGAGACCGUGCAUGCGUUUGAAAAAAACAAGAUCUAGUGCAUUGCCAGCUACAUGUGUGGGAGAAUUGGCACACUGCGAUAGUUAUAGGGAGGAGGUGAUUGAAAUACGUUUUGAGGCAACUGAGGUCAUGGGUGGGUUUAUGGGAAUGUUGAAAUCCCCAAGAAUAUGGGAUAUUGCUUGAAAGGAAGUAAGGAAGCCAGGCAGCAAAAUGGUCAAUGAAAAGACAAGGGGAACCAGGGGGCCAAUAAGUAACUGCAAUGUUUGCAGAUAUGGGUUUGAACAAGCGAGUGGAGUUAAUUUCAGAGGAGGAGCUAGAGAGGGAAGGGGGGAGGGGGAGGUUGAGGUUUUUAAGGAGCAGUGGGGUGAAAGCAGAAACCCUUCACUGCCACCCUUACUGUCAGACUGUCUUGGGUUGUGAGUAAACUGUAGACCACCAAAGGAUAAUGAGGCAGGGGUAGCUGUGUCAGAGGUCCAGAGAUGCUACCUCAGGCUUUGAAACUGCAAGACUUGGUAGCUGUGAGUCCUGGGAGCAACCUUAUAGAAUAAUUGUUUCCUCAUUGCAUGUAUUCAAGUAAUCUGGCAAAUAAUAUGCACUCUUAUUGCAAUGAACACAUAUUUCCUGUGUAGUGUUACCUGCAUUCAUCAACCAGUGUGGAAUAGAGUGUAGGGCCCAGAAUUGCCCCAUCAUUCUAAAACUAGCAGUGAACAUUCGAUCUAUAGUCACUUUCUGCUUCCUACCUUUUAAGCCUAAGAAAAUUCACUAGUUAUUUUUAAAACAACCAAACUCCUAUACAUAACCAUAUCAAAAGACUUUUUUUUAAAUUUUUUAAAUUUUUUUUUAUUUCUCUUUUUCAGAAAGUGGCUGUCUGUACAUUGUGAUGGAUUAUUGUGAAGGAGGGGAUCUAUUUAAAAGAAUAAAUACACAAAAAGGAGUUUUAUUCUCAGAAGAUCAGGUAAAUUAUGGUGAAAUGUAAUUACAGCAGUUAUUUUACUUUUUUAAAUGUAUUUUUCUUUACUGCAUCUCAAUCCAGUUACUAGUAGAUCUGAGAACCAUACUCACGGUGGCGCUUAGGAAUAGGAGAUAAAGCAACUGUAUUUCAUUUUUAAGUUGUGAAUAUUUGAAUGCUGUUCUUGGUGCUGUCUGUUCCACUUUGAAGAGGACAUGUAUACACAACUCACUUCACAAAUAAUACAUUUGCAUCUUGACAAAGUGACAUGCAAAUUGCUAGCAAACAUAUUUGUUUCAUAUUCUGGUGAUGGUAUAAAGUUGUAUAUUAUAACUGAGACUUUGAAAUUUGAAGUUCUAUGCUACUAGCCAGGCCUUAAGAGUUACUCGCCACUGCAAGCCAUAGCAUACUCAUCAGAGGUGAAUUCUACUCACCAGUGCUAAAUUUUCAUUUGUCAAUGGCAAUGUGGUGAGUGGAAAUUUUGAACCCUAGUAGCAUCCAUGCUCUCCUAGAAUCAUUAUCUCAAUCCCAGAAUGCUUAAUAUGGGCCCGUGGCAUCUUCCAACAUACAGCAUGUAUGUGACUAAGAAUAUGGUUCUAAAAGUUGAAUAAACCACUCCCCUUGGUUGUUGAAUAUCAAAUCUACAAUAUGUACAAAUCAACCACACACCUAAUGUGAAGUAUAUAACAAACAACUACCUUUAUUUAAUGACCCAAACUAAAAUGAUGGGGGGGGGGUGGGAGGAGAAUAUGUAUGUAAAUGUGCCCUCGGUAAGUACGGUUGUGUAUGGAGGAGUUUCUCCUGUUCGUUAGUUACAGGUUGGCUAAAGGUUGUAUGUGUCUGCGAGACUAAAUGGUCUAGAGAGUAUGUCACACCUGUUUUGUAUUGUCUGUGUCACCGUAGUAAGGGGCUCCAUGGUCAUUUUGUACAUGCCCAGCUGAUAGCUCCUGUAGCGCUAUGUUAGCCAACCGUCUCACCUGCAGUAAUUCGCCUCCCCAACCUGUUCGCCCAUAAGCUUGUGGUAUAUAUCGGGUGUUCACCCCAUGCGGGGGUCCAGUUAUACUCGGAAUGUCUUGGAGACUGUGAUAGUCUCCCUGAUAAGCUCAUGUGGGCAGUGAGUCCAUACUCCUGUGUGGAGCAAGGUCGAACCACUAUGAGGAGAGGAGGUCGGCAAGGCGGGAAGAGGAAGAGAGAAAGGGCAAAGGAGGCAGGAAAGGAUAGCCAUAUUAACCUACCAGGAUGCCUUGAUUCUGUGGGCACAAAUGGCAAGAUUGUGUGAUAUCUGCUCCUUCCCUUGUUUAAAGGGACACUAUAGUCACCAUAACUGCAGCUUAAUGUAGUUGUUCUGGUGAGUAUAGUAUGUCCCUGCAGGUAUCUUCAUGUUAACACUGCCUUUUCAGAGAAAAGGGCAGUAUUUACUGCCUAAAGACACCUCCAGUGGCAGUCACUCAAACGGACACUAGAGGUACUUCUUAGUUUAGUGCAGCACAAUGUGCGGCGCCUCCAUGUGUUUUGGAUCAAACCAAGUGUUUGAUUAUUUGAAUAUCUGCCCCUGUCCAGAUUGUUUAAAAUGUAUGCAUGCACGCUCCUAAGUAAUUCACACCAGACACAAGUUUUAGGUUGAUGAAGAACUUGAGGAAUGUUUAAUCAGGGGGCGGGAGUCCCUUAUGAAGACAGAAAUACGUCACAUGCAUAAUUAAUUCUAGAUAACAGAGAAAAUACACCAACAAUUGGUUACACUUUAAGGGGUCUCAUCUAAUUUCAUCCUACUGGCCGUGAUUUCAUUACGAACAUGGAACUCUCCUACACAUUCCAGCACCAUCUUGUUACACGAGGCAGUAGUCGAUGGGAACAGUUACUGAACAAAGGAGUGGUUAGAGGGGAAGCAGCCAGGUUAACACAGUGAAUAAUGAGCACAGAUACAAAGCGUAAAUAAACAUUUUACUAAUUCUAAUAUUUUGUCCAUAACACAUGCGGAGUGUGGAGACGCUGAACGUCAGUACUCGACUAUGUGCAGCACUGAAGUUCAGCGUCUCCACACUCUGCAUGGAGGCGCUGAACAUUCUCCAUUGAGAUGUAUUGAUUCAAUGCAUCUCUGUGACAAGAUGCUAGUUGGCCAGAGUGGCAUUUGGCUCUGCCCUUUGCUUUCCUAUAGGAAAGAAUUGGAUUGGCUGAGCUUGUCAAUUCUGAUAAUUUCAGCCAAGGAGGCCGACCGGUGUUUUUGUUCAAAAGUUGCACAGUUGCCUCCGUCCUCAGGGGGUUUUGUAGCAAAAAAGAAAACCUUUUAAGAUGAGGUCAACAUCAGUUUUACCACUUUAUAAAGUACAUAGAAUUUAUUUUUUCAGAUUUUAUUUGCUAAUUCAUUUUCUCCUGUUUGUGCUGCAGAAGCGAUAUUUUGACCCACAUAAUGCUUGUGUGUGCUAAUGUUGUAAAUUGAAGUUUACAUUUAAAGGACCACUAUAGGCACCCAGACCACUUCAGCUUAAUGAAGUGGUCUGGGUGCCUGGUCCUUUUUAGGAUUAACCCUUUCUGCUGUAAACAUAGUAGUUGCAGAGAUACUGCUAUGUUUACCUAUGGGUUAAUCCAGCCUCUAGUGGCUGGCUCAUUGACAACCGCUAGAGGCGCUUCUCACUAUAAUUUUCACAGUGAGAAGACGCCAGCGUCCAUAGGAAAGCAUUGAGAAUGCGUUCCUAUGAGACUGGCUGAAUGCGCGCGCGGCUCUUGCCACACAUGCGCAUUCAGCCUAUGACAUCAGAAGAGGGAGGAGAGUCCCAGCGCCGAGGGAGCCUAGCGCUGGGAAAAAAGGUAGGGGAUUAACCCCUUCCUCCCCCCUCAGCGCCACGGGAGUGGGACCCUGAGGGUGGGGGCACCCUCAGGGCACUAUAGUGGUCCUUUAAUAGGUUUUGUUAGGAAUAUGUGUGUCCAUAAUCCCCACAGUACAAAGCCUUCUGCUUAAAGAACCACUUUUUUUUUUGUUUGUUUUCCAUGUCCAUUAUUUGUUCAUGGUAUUUUGUGUCCAAUUCUUAGAAGUCAAUACAUAAAAUAUAAGUAAGGAGAGCGGCAUAAAAAAAAAAAAAAAGCAAAUACCAAUAUGAGAAAACUGCUAUAUUUUAUUAAAAACUAUAGCAAAAGAAACAGUGUCUAGUAUUACACAAAGUUGUUUGGUUAGACAAAAAGUGCAUAUGCAAUUAUCGAAGUCAUUAAAAAAAAAUCAAAUAGUAAUAAAGUGCAUUACAUAUAAAAAACAAUCAUAAUAAAGAAGAGCAAAUUGGAUAGUUAGGGCAUCUUUCUUAAAGUGAUACUAUAAUCACCAGAACUACAGCUAAAUGUAGUUGUUCUGGUGAGUAUAAUAGCUCCCUUCAGGAAUUUUCAUGCAAACGGCAGUGUUUACAUUGCCCCUAGAGGUCACCUCCAAGUGGCCACUCCUCAGAUGGCCACUGGAGGUGCUUCCUGGGUCAGUGCUGCCGAAAAAGCAUGGAGACGCUGAACUUUCCUCAUAGAGAUGCAUUGAUUUAAUGCAUCUCUAUGAGGAGGUCCUGAUUGGCCAAAACUGCAUUUGGCUCCGCCCAGUGCCGAUUUUAGCCAAUCCAAUGCUUUCCCUAUGGCUAAAAAUCGCCCAUUUAGAUUAUGUAAAAAAAAGGGGCAGGGCCAGUGCCGGCGGACACGCCCGGCGCUGGAAAUAAGGAGAGUUUUAAACUAAGGGGGUGCUAGCUACCUAAAUGGUGGGUUAAACACGAUAAGGUCAGGGAUACAUGUUUGUGUUUCUGACCCUAUAGUGUUCCUUUUAAUGUAAAAAAACAACCUAUGUAUGUAUGUACGUAUGUAUAUAUCGCAACAGAGUUGUGGUGGGGAAAAUAAUGUGGAUGAAAACCCCUUCCAUCUGAAGUAAGUGGAUAGUUAAUACUUGGUGAAUGAGGAGAAUAAAAGAAUAAACCUAAAAUCAUAAAACUUUGAAGAAUCCACUUCUGUUCACAUACCAUGCAGUGAGGGGACCCAAUAAGUAGAAAGUGGUAAUCUUCCCACAGGCUUAGUCUAUACAUAUAGUGAAGUUCUAACAGUGGGUAGUUGAGCAGCAGGCUGAAUCAAAACGGUCGCUUAAAAGUUGAGUGUGGAUACACAGGUUCGCUUAAUUAGAUGCAGAUUGAUUAAAUAGUUUAGAGGCACAAUGAGCAGCAGUAAAUAAACUGGAUAAUCGUACCAGAGUAGUGGAGGCAAUGAUAUCAGGAACUGUCCGUGGGUUUAAAAGGGAUCACACUAAUUAGUGCCCACAACAGGUCAUCAACUGGUUUCGUCCGUACAAGUGAAACCAUUCUAUAGAAGCAGAUAGUGAUUUUGUGCAAAUUCAGGAUUGUACUGCUAUUUCAUUAUAUGGAUUAUUCUGUUUUAUUUAGAUUCUCGACUGGUUUGUUCAGCUGUGCUUGGCUUUAAAACAUGUCCAUGACAGAAAAAUUUUACAUCGGGACAUAAAGUCACAGGUAAUGUAAAUUGCAAAACCACAUGUUCUCUUCAGUAGGACAUUCUUGGACAACUUUUCCACAAUACAUCUUUACAAGCAAGAUGGGGGUUAAUAUUGUACCCCUUGUUUUCAGGGGACCUUUAUUUAGCUGAACAAAGUAGUGGUUAUCUGGAUCUUAUGUUACGGUUGGAAUAUGCUCUGUAAAUCUGAAUUUACCAAAUAAGUCCAAAAGAAUGUAACACACGCCAUUCUAUAAUUAUACAGCAAACAUUACCCAUCCCCAGGCAAGGCACUCUGCACACACCUAGAGUCAGCUAUACUUCAAUUUAUUUUUAUAAGAUACUGAUGGAGUUACAGAACUGACCUAAUUUCCAUGAACUACAUGUGCUUGAAGGCAAUUAAUUGACUUUUUUCUUAGAUUGGGGGGGUUUUGUUUUUUAAUUUUAAUUCCAUUGAACAAAUUAUUCAGGGUACAGAUUAACAUUUUAUGCCAUGUGAAAUUGUGGGAAAUGGCUUAACAUCACAUAUUAAAAUGCCAUAUAGAUCACAAUAUAUAUUUUUGUGUUCCUCUCUAUCUCACUCCAGAUGGCUUAAUAAUAUAUACAUACAUUUUGUAUCCACUGUAGAAUAUAUUUUUGACAAAGAGUGGAACAAUCCAACUGGGUGACUUUGGAAUAGCCAGGGUUCUGAACAGGUAAGACUGCCUCUAAACUAUAUGUUGUUGGAAGGUAUGGUACGGGUUAUAACUGUUAAUUUGCUGUGUCUUUCCUUCCUUUUUAGUACUGUAGAGCUGGCUCGUACAUGUAUAGGAACACCUUACUAUCUGUCUCCUGAAAUAUGUGAGAACAGACCUUAUAACAACAAGAGGUUUGUAUAAUGUUUGUUUGAACUUGCAUGGUAUACACUGGGAGUCUAAUUGGAGAAGGAUGGAUGUGUGUGUGUGUAUGUAUGGAUGUAUGUAUGUUUUUUAUAUAUAUAUAUAUAUAUAUAUAUUUGUAUGUGUGUAUAUAUUUAUUCGACUGAUAUAGAUUUUUGAUAGCCGAUAAUCCGCGAACAUUUACCACUGUGAAAAAGAAACAAUUUCUACACAAAUCUACUGUUAACUGAAUAUGUUUAUUGAACUUUUUUUUUCCGCAAUUUUUUUUUUUUUUAUUAAGUGGUAAAUGCACAAAAUAUACAUGUCAGUCAGAUUUUUUUUUUUUUUUUCAAGACUAUUUAGUGUUCUCCUUUCCCCUCCCGGUGUGAGUCAUUACCUCUCUUGUAGAGUGGCUGAGCAGAGCGGACCACGGUACAGGAGCUUCAGUUUCCUGUACCUGACCAGACUGACAGGAAGUGCUCUCUCAGUGAGCACUUCCUGUCAGUCCGGCCGGGUACAAGAAACUGAAGCUUCUGUACCGCGGUCCGCUCUGCUCGACCACGCUACACUGAGUGACUGGUAGGGAAGAGUGUUGAGCGCUUUCUUCAUGCAGGUCACGCGAUUUUUGCGCCCUAAGGGGCCACUGCUGCCUCUCACAUUAUCGGCAAUAUCUGUAUCCAUAUCGGCCGAACCGAUAAUUAUAUCUAUCUCUAUCCAGUGGAACCUCGGAACUCAAAUGUAAUCCGUUCCGAUAUGUUCGAGAACCAAAUCAACAUUUCCCAUAGGAAUUAAUGUAAAUUUGAUUAAUCUGUUCCAGACCCCCAAAAUUACAGCAUUGUAACACAAAUUUUACUGUUUAAUAAUGCCUUACAUGCAUAAAAUAAUAAACACAAUGUACAGUAAAUGAAAAUGUCACUUUACCUGUAAUGAUGAGAGUUGAUGGCGGAAGUGGAAAGGAGAGGGGCUAUCAUUGUUGCCUUCCGUAAUUACAAAAGGUAACUGUUCUGACGUUUUUUACCUUGAUCAUUUCACACCACUGACCCCUGGUUGAGGCUCACUGGACCUUUUCUUCACUAAACAUUUGUCUAUUGGGACUUGCUGUUGCCUUUGUUUUAAAAUGUGUCUAAAGUAAGACAUAGCAUUAUCAUUGAACAUGUUUGUGGUAUGACUUACAGCAGCUUUAUCAGGGUGAUAUUUUUCAACAAAAUUUUAGAUUUCAACCCACUUCGCAUGCAUUUCUUUGAUCAGUGAACUAGGAACAUUUUUCCCUUCCCUCCUCCUCCUCUGAUGACAAUUCCUCAGAUGCCCUCUUUUGCUGCUCCCUCUUAAGGUCUUGGAUUUGUUCUGGUGAUCCUCCACUAACUCCUCAAAAUCUUCAUCAUUCACCUCCAAGCCCAUUGAUUUCUCCAGAGACACAAUAUCCUCAACAACAGGCGCAUCCUGUUCAAUACCGUCAUAGACUCUUUCAGGGACAGCCUCUGGCCACAAUUUCGUCCAGGCUGAGUUCAUGGUCCUAUAAGACACAUCCCUCCAUGCUUUAUUUAUGAGGUGUAAACAAUGUAGGAUAUUAAAACUAUUUUUCCAGAACUCUCUAAGGGUUAGCUCUGUAUCUAAGGUUACUUCAAAGCACCUUUGGAACAGUGCAAAGCUUCUUGAAGAUUGAAAUUACUUGCUGGUCAAUGGGCUGGAUAAGAGGAGUUGUAUUGGGGGGCAAAAACUUCAUAUUAAUAAAAGUCCAUCAAUUCGUCCUACAAUCCUGGAUCAGAGCCUUGACAGGCAAGUUUGUUUUGUUGUUUACAAAGAAAAUGUUUUGUUGUUUGUUUGUUUUUGUUUUUUAAAUUAAUUUUUUUAACACUUGGCCUAAACACCUCAUGAACGCACUCUAUAAAUUGCCUGGUUACCCAAGCUUUGCUGUUAGCCCUCCACAUCACCUGCAAUUUGCUUUUCUGGAUAUGGUUUUUCUUAAAUACCCUCAGGUCCUCCGAGUGGUAGACUAGCAAAGGCUUGAAUUUAAAAUCCCCACUCGCAUUCCCACCCAAAAACAGGGUUAGCCUGUCCUUCAUUGGCUUGUGUCCUGGCAGUGAUUUCUCCCCCUUUGUUACGUAGGUUCUCUUUGGCAUUUUCUUCCAGAACAGGCCUGUCUCAUCACAGUUAAACACUUGUUGGGGAACAAAUUCCUGAGCCUCUACAUAGGCUUUAAAUACAACAACAAAUUUCUCAGCUCCAUCUUUAUCACUGGAAGCUUCACCAUGUUUUCCCCACACUGUGUAUACCACUUCUCUUUUUCAACUUUUCAAACCAACCUCACUCUAAGCACUCGUUUCAGUUUUUUUUUUUCACAAGAUCAGCAUGCAAAUGUCUUGCUUUUCCACAAGUUAUAGCCUUUGAAAUGCUAUCACUGGCUAACUGUUUUUAAUUUAUCCAUAUCAAUAACAAUUUUUCCUACAUCUUCUAGUGUAUGCCUUCUUUGUUUUGUAAUUGCUUUCACCCCUCUAGCAACAUUGGCUCCUUGGAUGGCGUCUUUAUUUAUUUAUUUUUUUAAAUAUGGUACAAAUUGUAGAUUAGGCCAUUCCAAACUGUGUUGCUAGAUCAGAGACACGGACACCGCUUUCACGUUUUUAAAAUAAUUUCUUUCUUCAACUCUAUUGUUGUACUCAAAAUUUUCCUCUUGGCUUGGCUAAUAUCCCUGGGACCCAUGGUGAAUUUUUGCAGACCGAAUGGAGCUCUAUGUGAAGACUCAAUAAAAUUUAUUUAAGAGUUAGUGGAACUCUAUUUGAAGACUGAAUGACUGUUAACUGGCAGAAUGGAGCUGUUUGCUGACAGAAUGGAGCGAUGCGUUAUGCUAACGAGGUACCAACGAGAUUACCAUAGAGGUUAAUGCCGCGUGAUGUGUUCGGGUACCGAGGAUCGUUCGCAUACAGAAGCAUUUUUUUACUCAGAAUUUUAGUUCGACUUCUGAAUUGUUCGGGAAUGGGACUGUUCAAGUUCUGAGGUUCCUGUAUGUGUGUGUGUGUAUGUGUGUAUAUAUGUGUAUAUAUAUAUAUAUAUAUGUGUGUGUAUAUAUAUAUAUAUAUAUAGAGAGAGAGAGAGAGAUGCACUCUAAGGACUUCUAUAAUCAAUAGAAAAGUAUUUAUUAAAAAGAAGGUUUACAUAAUAAAAUCGACGUUUCGACCCCUCAGGGUCUUCCUCAAGAUCUUGAGGAGGACCCUGAGGGGUCGAAACGUCGAUCUUAUUAUGUAAACCUUCUUUUUAAUAAAUACUUUUCUAUUGAUUAUAAAAGUCCUUAGAGUGCAUCUCUUAUUUUUGUUUAUAUAUUCCAUAACGCGGGAUUGCACCAAGGCACGAACGAUGGACGCCAAAUUGAUGUAGAUUAAUUUAGAAAUAAACAAAAAUGUUUAAAAGUCUAUCUGUUCCUGUCCAAAUCUGAGAUGAAUAAAUUGCGUAUACGCAGAAGUAAGUUCACACUGACACAUGCAGUUCAGGUUAAAAACACUUCAGGAAAUUUAUUAGCAUCUAGUUAAAAAGCGGGCACGCAGGCCUUUUUAUAUGCAAAAUGACAUCAUCAUUGAAUAUCAGAUAAUAACAAAUAAACAUCAUUAAUUGGGUUAAAUGUUAAGUGGCUAUGUCAGUGUCCACCCAUUAAUAUUAUUAAUUGGCUCAGAGAUUUGAGUGACUAGUGAGGCACCCUCCCAUCAUGGGAUGUCAUUGCUCUUUAGCACGAGGCUUACUCGGUGGAAAGGGGGGGCUUGGGCAUCAUUUUACGUAGUUAGUGAUGUCAGUCUCGUGGUCUGGUCCAAGGUUCUUUUAUGAAUAGAACAUUUCAUUUAGUCGCUGUUCUCCUGGCCUUGGAUUAUACUAUGUUGCAAGUCAACGGAGAUCCGCUAACUCCGGGGCUAGUUAUGUCCUUAGAGAGAGAAAAUACAAUCUCUUAUUCAUUAUAUUGAAUACUGUCAUGUAAGGUGAACAAAAUGGAGAGUUCUGUCACAGUGUGAGAUUAAAAAUGGAGUUAGUACAAUUAUUCAAUACAAGUUCAGUAAAGAUUUUAAUAAUUCUACAUCAGUCCCCCCUAUGAAAUGUUAGAUUCUAAAAGAUAAUCUUUAUUUGUUAGUAUCAGAAGACGUGUUAGCCCAAAGGCACAGAAACCCCGUGACCCGCUAGCUAGGUGUUAUUGCAAAGUGCAAAGCUGUCCCUUCGUCUGUCCCUAAUUGGCUAACUCAUCUGUCCGCUGGGCACUCGAACACUUCACUCCAUGGGUAUCCCGAGGUGGCUAACCCACCACAUCUCCGCACGGUAGACUUCCCAGACAGACAGAUGCUGUCCCUAAGCUGGUCCCUUCCUAGAACUCUUGCACUUUAUCAAUAAACGGGAUAGAUUGUAGCGGUAUACAGGGCGAGUUGACUUUUUGGAAAUCUUGGUCAUCAACUGUGAGGUGUGCGAAAGUGGGUGCCGCUUGGUCUACAGUCUUCAAGAGGAGCUUUCUCAGACAAGGGAGGACACAACAAACGAGAAGAGCAAAGAUAAAAAGGAAAAUUAGUAUUGCUAUACCAAUAUGCAUCAAAGCUUUUUGCCAUCCUGUCAUCCAACCAAACCAUCUCUCCCAGGGAUCUUUUAUCCCAGAGUUCCUCUUUAGCUCCUCAGAGAGCUCUUUCAAUUUUUCUAUAGCUAAGGUUACUUUACCAUUGGGGCCUGUGUUUUCUGGGAUGUAAGUACAACAUGUCAUGGUGUCAGGCAGAAUUUUACAUACCCCUCCUUUUUCGGCUAGAAUCAUAUCUAAAGCCAUUCUAUUCUGGAAUGACAUUUGGGACGUAGCCUGCAGCUGUUCGGCCAAACCCUGAAGGGCAUCCCUGGUGUAAUUAACAAACCGUUGUUAGUUGUAGUAGAUGUAAUUUAUCCAAUUUAAAUUCUUGUUUGCAGUGACUAUGGUAAAAAGUGAUUCAAAUCCUGCAGCAACUUCAUCCCUGGCUUUAAACUCAUUGGGCACCCCCCUAGGUACCCCAAUGGCAUCAAUGUAAAUAUGAGGGUCAAAACUGCCUUUUACUGGGGCUUCACGCUUUACCUUGGUUGGUGAGUGUUUGGACUCAUGAGUAUCGGGGUGUGUGUCAGAGAUAAUAUGUAUGGGCAUGAUUGAUUUAGCCAGAGUACACUCCCCCCACCAUUCUUUAUCCAUUCUUGAUCUCAGCUGUAGAUCCCCACACAACCAGUAAAUAUCCCCCAAUGAUCUAGUGUGGAAUUGUAGGAGGUUCAUAGAGACAGUUCUGUAGGUGGCACAAUAACCUUUAGAGAAGUUACCCACAAAUUUACCAAUUCCAUCAUAAUUAGCAUAACAGGUAUAAUUACCUUUAUAGACGGUAACACCAUCUGGGGGUUUGCAAUCUUUGACUAGAAGAGGAUACUCUACUGUCCAUGCUUUACAUAUGGACCUAUUGAAAUUGUAGUGAUAGGCAAAAAGACUCAGAACACAUUCUUCUAUAUCUACUGGCAAAGUUAAAGGCACAGUGCCCAGGUGCGGCCGGGCACCACCACACACAUAGCAUGCGGUUCUGUUAUGUUUGUUGGCAUUAUAUUUCAUCCAUUCUAACCAUAGAUUAACAUCAUUGAAACCUGUUUCAGCGGCCAUGGUAUCUUCAAAUGUUGGAUUUGCAAUGGCCAUCAUGUCUUUAAAAGAUUGGAUGUGUGGUUUCAACGGAUUUGAGACCAUGUGGGUGGUCCCUUUCCACUCAGGAGAGUGGCACAUAUCUUUAAGGUGGAAAUGUCCUAAUUUAUUAUAGGAACCCUUCUUCCAGUACAUUCCCAUUACAUACUGGUCUGCAUCCGUUGGGCUGGGAUGCUCAAUGUUUAAGAUUAAUUUCAUAGGUAUGCCUCCUCCGGGCUUUCUUAGAGUCAUUCUCUGGAGGAGGGACCUACCGUGAUCAUCAAUUUUAGAUAAGGCACUUUUUGGUUUGUAACCCCAGGCAGGCCCGGCAUUCCAUCCCGCCGCCCCCCAAUGGUUACAGUUGUGCCCCCAUUGUUUGUCAACUACACAAACAUAGGGGUCUUUUGAAUGAGGGAUAUCUCUAUAGAUAUUCUGAAUCUGUGACGUGGGGAAUGGGCAUUCUACGAUGUCACAGUAGUCAAAAGUAUAAGUAGCCACACGGGUACAUGAUGAAUUAUACCAGAAGGUGUACCCACUAGCAUCUUUAGUGAUGGCUACUUGUUGAGCUUUAAUUAAGCUGAUUAAGAAGAUACGGUACCAGAGGUACAUGGUGGUGCGGUACUAGCUUCCUCUGGGGCAAGUACUUUCUUACAAUGGGAAGCGUGGAUCCAAUGUGGCCGGCCGGCCAAUUUGACGGAGGUUGCGGUGAUUAGGAGAACUUGGAAUGGCCCGUCAAAUCUUGGUUCCAAGGUAUGUUUCCGCACAAACUUCUUGACCAGAACCCAAUCUCCAGGAAGCAGGCUAUGGGUACCUGUAUCCAAAUCGGGAUCUGGAAUUGAAGAGAAAACUUGGGCAUGUAUUUUGUUCAAGGCACUUGCAAGUUCAAUUACAUAGUCUACUAAAACAUCAGAUUGAAGCUGUAACUGUUGUGGAUAAUAACAACCUAGUCUGGGUGCGGUCCCAAAUAGAAUCUCGUAUGGGGAUAGUGAAUGCUUCCCUCCAGGUGUGUGCCUAACACUAAAUAGAGCUAUUGGUAGACUUUCUGGCCAGGGCAUCUUUGUUUCUUGUGACAUUUUAAGCAUUCUGGCUUUUAAGGUGCAGUUCAUGCGUUCCACUUUCCCACUACUUUGUGGGUGGUAAGGGGUGUGAAAGGCUAGGGUCACCCCCAGAGCAGUCCAAAUCUCUUUAGUCACUGUUGCUGUAAAGGCUGGGCCCUGGUCACUUUCAAUAACUUCUGGAAGUCCAAACCUACAUACAACAUCUGUAAGUAGACGUUUUGCUGUUGUUUUGGCAGUGAUAUUGGCUACUGGGUAGGCUUCUGGCCAGCCUGAGAACAUGUCCACUAUCACUAGUGCAUAUUCAUGGGGCCCGCUCUUGGGUAUUUGUAUAUGAUCAAUUUGAAUUCUCUGGAAUGGGUACAUGGGCUUAGCCAGAUGUUUUGUAGGCACUUUGAUUGGCUUCCCUGGAUUGCAUUUUGCGCAAAUGGCACAAACCCUGCAGAAGUUAGUGAUCAAUGUUGUUAUUCCAGGGGCUUCAUAAUACUUCUGCAUGAGGGCGGCCAUUAAAUUUUUUGACAGAUGUGCUGGUCCGUGUGCCCAUUGGACAACUGCUGGGUAUAAGUUUUUUGGAAGGCAGAAUUUGAAAUUGUUAUAGUAUAUUCCGUCCUUUAAGACAGCCCCUUUCUUCUUCCAUUUCUGGAUCUCUUCAGGGGUAAUUGCGGCUUGCUGUUCCCGCAAAAUCCUUAGAUCAGUAGGAAGGGUCUGUAAAGUAAAAACAGGAACUUCUUCUUGACCGGACACUUCUUCGUCCACUUCCUGCAAAUUUCUUGCUGCUUGCUUAGCAGCCUGAUCAGCCAGAUGGUUGCCCCUUGCUUCAUCUGUAUCCAACUUUCCAUGUGCCUUGACUUUCAAUACGGCCACUUCUUCAGGGAGUAGGAGGGCAUCCAUUAGCUCUUUGAUUGCAGAGCUGUGUUUGACUGGUGUGCCGGCAGUAGUAAGAAAUCCUCUUGUCUUCCAUAUGAGGCCGAAGUCGUGUGCCACACCUAGGGCAUAUCUUGAAUCUGUGUAGAUGUUGGCACGUUUUCCUUCGGAGAUUUUGCAUGCUCAAGACAGGGCUUGUAAUUCAGCUUCUUGCGCAGACAUUGCUGGUGGUAAAGAUGAUGACUUGAUAACUUCAUCUGUUGUGGUUACGGCAUAUCCUGUGUGGUAUUUUCCUUCUUCAUCAGCAUAUCUUGAACCAUCCACAAACAGAGUGAAAUCAGGAUUUGUCAAUGGAUUCUCAUGCACCGUUGGUAGAUGUAUGGUCUCCAUUUUCAUCUGUUCAAAACAGUCGUGGGGAGUCUCUGGGUCACAGUCGUUUACUAUGACCAGGCUUUUAAAGUCAUUUUCCAGGAAAUGGCGUGGCCAUGCUUCAAGUAGGUCAGUUGUGGGGUAUUUGGCAAUGCCAUUUUCCUGUAACUUCGAGUCAUCCAUGGUGGCCCAUAAUUUCGCCAUGGGCCGAGAUCAUUCCAUGAUUUUGUUUUCAACUUGGUAACAGGGACAUGUGGAAUAGCAGUAUCCCAAUGACGGUAUAAAUACUUGAGUUCUGAAGGUAGUUCGAUCAAGACCAUGCUAUUGCCUUCAGAAUCACAAUAGAAGUCGUGAGUUUCACCUCCACCCAGUGAUAGAGUUCAUCUUCAUAGCAAGGUUCAGGAGAGAUGUUCGGCUUGUACCAUGUGGUACAGAAGGCAUAUCCUGGACCCUCACAGAGAGGUUUUUGUUCUUUAUAAAAGGUUAAAUCAGGAUGCAUCCUCUUGAUGGUUCCAGUGAGGAGAAAAAUAUAGGUUUCGUCCAUGAUAAACCCAUAGUGGAUGCCCCCCUCAGGGAGUGGAAGAAGAGUGGACGGAUUAAGAACUUGACACCUUUGUAUGGUGAUGUUGUCAGGUAGCAGGAGGUGACACUGUAAACGCAGGUGUCUGGCAGGAGACACAUGUUUGAGCUGGACUUGGUUGAUAAUGGCAGAAAUGUCAUGAGGUGCCAAUACGACCAGAGGAUGACCAAGGACCAGGUCUGCAGUUUUCUCAAUAAGUUCUCUUGCAGCAAAAACAGCCCUAAGGCAUGAAGGGGCCCCUCUGGCCACGAUAUCCAGCUGACAGGAGAAAAACCCAAUAGGCCUUUGGCGGCCUCUUAACUCAUUUGUUUGGGUAAGCACUCCUGUGGCGUGGCCUUGUCUUUCAGAGACAAAUAAUUUGAAGGGUUUGGUGUAGUCUGGUAGGCCCAGAGCAGGAGCAGAUGCAAUGGUACGUUUCAGAAUUUUAAAAUUGUCCAGUGCUUCAUUUGUCAGGCAGAAUGGGUCUGACUUGAGUGCAUCAUAGAGUGGCUGCACAAGCAGAGAGGCUUCUGGGAUCCAUGCUCUGCAAUAGGAAAUGAGGCCUAAAAAAGCAUGGAGAGAUUUUGUGGUUCUUGGAGGUGGAAUCUCCAGUACGGCUCUGACUCGGUCCCGAGUGAGAUGUCUGGUGCCUUGAGAUAGGCAAUGUCCAAGAAAGAUUACUGUUGGCUGACAGAAUUGCAGCUUGAGACGUGAAGCUUUGCAUCCUUGUUCUGCUAGGUAGCAAAGGAGACUAAUAGAACAGUCUUCUGUUGUAGGUAUGUCAUCCCCACAAAGUAGGAGAUCAUCCACAUACUGAAGUAGGACAACUUCUGGGUGGUCUGUUUGCCAUGGGUCCAGGAUGGAGCACAUGGCUUUAGCAAAUUGACUUGGAGAAUUUUGUGCCCCUUGGGGCAUGACAGUCCAUGUAUACUGUUGCAUUUCAUGAGUGAAAGCAAACAGGUAUUGGCAAGUCGGAUCCAGUGGAACACUGAAGAAGGCAUUAGCCAGGUCAAUGACUGUGAAGUAUUUUGCAGAUGGUGGAACUCCAGAUAGCAGAGUGUGGGGGUUUGGUACAAUAGGGGUGUCCAGGACAGUUGCUUCAUUGACAGCUCUGAGGUCCUGGACCAUUCUGUACUUCUCUGGUUCCCCUUUUGGUGUUUUCUUCUUCACAGGAAAUAAUGGGGUGUUGCAUUUUGAUUCACACUUCACAAGAGCACCUUUCUCCAAAAGUGCUUUGAUUUGAAUUGAAAUAGCUGCAGCCUGAGCUGGCUUUAGAGGAUAUUGUGGUUUUCUUGGUAAUUUUGCUCCUGGAAUGAGCUUUACCACCACAGGUGGAACUCUCAGAUGACCUAUGUCUUCUGGGCCUUUGGACCAUAAUUUUGCAGGUACCUUUGUUUUGAUGAUAUCCGAAAAAUUGGACCUCUGCUCUUUUGCUUCCCCACGGGGUUCAUCUAAAUGCAGCACUAGAGGUAGGGAGCACAAAACUGAGGUAUCUGAUUUAGAUAGGGGAGUAGACAAUUCUACUUGACCUUCUGGGGUGAAGGUGAUAGAUGCCUGCAGGCGUGAGAGGACAUCAGGUUAAUUGGGCAUGUGGAGGAUACUACAAAUCGAGCAAGCAAGUUUGGGUAAUUGCCAACUCGCAAUGGGGUUGUUAAAGGACUGUGCCUUGGUUGGCCAUCCACUCCAACACAAGAGACAUCUAUUUCUGAUAGGAAUGAGGCAUCUGGCAGGUCUUGUUCUCUCAGAACACUUCGGGCUGCACCUGUGUCAACUAAAAAUGUGGUUUCUCGUCCUUCAAUGGGUAAAGUCACAGUGGCAAGUGGCCCCCCCCCUUUAUCCCCUGAAGACACUGCCAUGACAGGGGUUAAUGACACAGGCUUGCCAACUUCCUAAUCAUCUGGUUCCUUAACAAUUGGAACCGUUUCUGUGGCCUUAUGGGCAGGUGCAGGCUUGGGCGCCUUUCUGGGUUCCGGGCACUCAUUUUUGAAGUGACCUUUAGCCUUGCAAUUGAAACAGAAACCAUCCUCAGGUUUGGUACCUCUUGGGACAGGGGUGAAGCGGGACACCAUGAGAGGGGCUGAGGAAGAAACCGAAGUCUGUUUUUUGGGAGCCUGUGCAGACUCUAGACCCCUGGCAACUAAAAGUAGGGUAUCCAGAGAGACUACCUUAUAUUCAGGGCGUGCAGCAAUGAUUCCCUUACGAAUAUAAUCCUUUACACCUUGGACAAAUGCACCUGACAGCAUUUGUGAAUGAAUCUUGUCGGUACGAUCAAAGCCCAAAUCUGUAAACAUUUGAAACAGUCUUGCAUGAAAUCUUUCCACUGAUUCUCCUUUCUCUUGUAUAACAUCAGUAAUGCCGGCAGCCUGAUCUGCAAGUUUGUCUUUUGCCCACUCCUUUACCUGGCUGCAAAAAGUUACUCCGGAGGGGUAAUCAGUGUCACUUGUCAGUAAAUCGGCAUUGAGGUGUCGGGACAUGCUGGGCCAAUAUGCAUCCCCGGCCUUGAUUGCACAAAUGCUUAGUAAAUCACGCCAUGCUGCGGAAUAAGUCUUUUGAAUCUGAACUAUCCCUCGGUAAAAAGGCAUAGGUUGCUUUUCUGGGUCAGGGAGCGAUUUUAUUAAAGCACUAGCUUGCGUUGGAUUGAAAGCAACAUAUUUAAGAGGGGCCUGGUCCCCCCUAUUUCCCCGACCCGCAUGCCCGAAAGGAUCAUCUAUGGAACGGUGGGGCUGUGACUCUACAACCUCUAGUGAGCCCUGGAAACCCUCAUCAUUCUCAUCCUCAUCUGUGGUUUGGGCCCUUCUACGUGAUGGGAUAACCUGAGGUGUCAGAACCGGGGGAAAUGAGGGAUUCCCAGAUGCUGGGGUGGCGGGUAGGUUAUGAGCCUGUGGUGAGUAGUCACCGGGAAGUACCGGCAUCAGGGGUGCUGAAUGACUGGGGGCCGCCAUAUUGGAGGCGUGGAAAGGGGCUGCGUUAGGGUUAAGGGAAGAAGUGGCGGCCAUAUUGGAUGUGGGCACUUCCGGGGCAGACUGGGCCGGACUGGGCAUGACCGGUGUCUGGGGAGUGGCUUGGAAAAAGGGGUAGGGAUAAUUUGGGUAGGGCAAGGACAUUGGGUAUGGUAAGGGGUAUGGCCAGGGAAACUGGGCAGGGGCUAGGGCGGAACCAAGGGAGGGCAUAAUAGCUGAGUAAGGAUUAGGGGGUGGAGUGGGGACUUGGGCUGUGGGAGGAGUGAGUAACGGGGAAGACGGAGCGGGAUUAGUGGAGACGGGUGUAGGAGGAGUAGCUGAAGUGGGUGCAGUAGGAUUGGCAAUAGCAAGGGAGGAGGGGUUAGCUAACUGGGUGGAAGAAGAUGGGGUAGGAGGGUUAGCAACGGAGAGUGAGUGUUGAGAAGAAAUGGUGGAUGAAACAUUUAGACUAGGCAGAUUAGUCACAGAAGGCAAUGCAGGGAUGGAUGGGGAUGAUGGGAGUGUUAGGGAUGAUGGAGGGGAGAAAAAGGAUCCGUCAGAAUUCAGGACUGGGCAGACAGGGGAGGUGACGGGAUGGGUGACGGGAGGUUCGGGAGUGGAGAACAUGGUCAGCUGGCUGUCGCCUUUUGCUGACCGAACCUUGGGAAUAGACAUCCCCUGGGCACCAUCUUGGGGUGUUGGCUGAGAGGAUGCCCCAGUAACACAAUUCUUAUGAUACACAUACAGUCUUACACCUUUAUGAUUUAUCUCUUCCUCUACCCAACCCUCCUGCUGGAUAGCCUUUGCUACUCUGUACCAUGCUUCAGCAGUACGUAAUAAAUCAUUAUCUGUAAGCUUGCCUUUCUUCUCUGUCAGUAAUCUACGCCAGCUUUCUGGCUGUAAUCUACCACAUGAAGGCACAGCAAUUUUACACACUUUAGCAAUCUUUGCAACAUUUUUAAUCAUCUCUUCACCUUCUCUAUCUUCAACUAAAUCACACGCGAGCCAGUCCCUACUGGGCUUACUCACUUCCUGUCCCAUAUCCCCCUAUACAGAGCGUCCCAAGUAUAGGUAAAGGAAAAUGAAACAGAACGUCUACAAUGCUCGACUGCCACUAGGAAGGGUGGGUCCCUCCCAGUGGGUCCCCAGUGCGUCUUCCCAAAACGUAGACCAGUCACUGAAUCCGUGUACCCUCGGUGGUAGCCACGGAUUGGAGCGGGGUGAGAAGUGUGUGACCAAUCACUUCCCUUACAAGAGAAAUAGGAGUGGAUAGUGUAAAUAGUACAGGAAGUAGAGGAAAAGUAAACAGUGAAAGUAGAGACAGACCCAGGAGUUUGAAUGACUCCACACUUAAAACAACAUUUAAUACAACAUUUCAAUUGAAAUACAGUGCAUGCAUCAACAGUAAUCCCUUUCCUUUACUCUUGUGGCCACCAAGGCCACCUCCCUCAAUCUCGUAGUGUCCCCGCUCGGAGAACAACUUUCGUAAGUUUCACUACCAGCGGCCAAGGAUAACGACUAACACCGGCCCGAAAUCCAUAUGCCUCCCUCGUUACAGCAGUCCACUAAGUGUGGCCACCUCUAUCCUCACUCCCGUAGUGCUCCCUAUAGACCCACCCACAAGUCACACUACCCCGUGGUGAUGGAGACAACAAUGCCUGCCCGAAUCCACACACCACAAAUAAAUUGGAAUGCCACCAGCCUCAGCGCUCGAAGCUGGAGGGUACCAUAACCUCUGCAAGCAGAGCAACGUACACAAUGAGGCUAGCUAGAAUAUCAAAGUGACGUAACCGGGAAACCCCAGGAGGCAAGUCCCCUCCACAGAUCCCCCAACCCUUCUUUUUCCUUACUACUGUUAGCUAGACAGUACCUAAAAGAAGUAAACAGGAAAACAGGACCCCUUUGGAAAAUCCCCACAGGUCCACCCCCCCUUUUUUCCCAACAGUCUGGGCCAAGUGACUCCUAAAAAGGGGUAAAAACAGGCAACAGAAGACCCCCAGGCAACCACCCACGGGUCCACCCCCCUUUAUCCCAAAAGAGGGAAAGAACAAAACAUAUACCACUAGCACACCCAGGCAACAGAUAGACUAAAUGCAGGUAAACAAAUGGGUAACAAGACACCGGGCAAGAUAUUACCUGUCUUUGAUGCCCUCCCGGGAAGCAGUCACAGACACGUGGACGGGUCAAUCAAAGGGGCUGGAACAUACCGGUGGCUCCUGCAGAAGUCUCUACCGUGUACUCAGAGGUGAUCAGUCUCUCUUCCUUCCCCCCCGAUUCCUCCGUCCAACAGCGUCUUCCUUAGGACGGCUUACCGGCCGGAGGCCAUAGCCCGAUGCCCCACGUGGAUGGACGCCAAAUUGAUGUAGAUUAAUUUAGAAAUAAACAAAAAUGUUUAAAAGUCUAUCUGUUCCUGUCCAAAUCUGAGAUGAAUAAAUUGCGUAUACGCAGAAGUAAGUUCACACUGACACAUGCAGUUCAGGUUAAAAACACUUCAGGAAAUUUAUUAGCAUCUAGUUAAAAAGCGGGCACGCAGGCCUUUUUAUAUGCAAAAUGACAUCAUCAUUGAAUAUCAGAUAAUAACAAAUAAACAUCAUUAAUUGGGUUAAAUGUUAAGUGGCUAUGUCAGUGUCCACCCAUUAAUAUUAUUAAUUGGCUCAGAGAUUUGAGUGACUAGUGAGGCACCCUCCCAUCAUGGGAUGUCAUUGCUCUUUAGCACGAGGCUUACUCGGUGGAAAGGGGGGGCUUGGGCAUCAUUUUACGUAGUUAGUGAUGUCAGUCUCGUGGUCUGGUCCAAGGUUCUUUUAUGAAUAGAACAUUUCAUUUAGUCGCUGUUCUCCUGGCCUUGGAUUAUACUAUGUUGCAAGUCAACGGAGAUCCGCUAACUCCGGGGCUAGUUAUGUCCUUAGAGAGAGAAAAUACAAUCUCUUAUUCAUUAUAUUGAAUACUGUCAUGUAAGGUGAACAAAAUGGAAAGUUCUGUCACAGUGUGAGAUUAAAAAUGGAGUUAGUACAAUUAUUCAAUACAAGUUCAGUAAAGAUUUUAAUAAUUCUACAUUAUAUAUAUAUAUAUAUAUAUAUAUAUAUAUAUAUAUAUAUAUAUAUAUAUAUAUAUAUAUAUAUAUAUAUAUAUAUAUAUAUAUAUAUAUAUUUAAAAAAAAAUUUUUUUUUUUUAUUUGGCCACUUGGCAAGCAUAUACAAGCAAUAGACCAAGGUGGCAGUCUUGAACAGAAUUGGGUCUUGCAUAUUUGUACACCCUCUUUUUUCACUCACAUUUGUCUCAUGUCUAUACCAAAGUACAGUGAGGACUAACCCUCGUACCACAGAUGUUUUAACUACAUUUUCUAUCCUGCAUAGCAUGCUAAAGGGCUGGGCAGGAAAGAAAAUGUAAAAAAGGGGGCAAGUUCAGUCUUUUUGCAUGUGUUUUCAUGCACAAGAAUGGGUAAACAUUCUAAUCUGUUUUUGUGACUUCCUCUUCUAGUGACAUUUGGGCUCUAGGAUGCGUCCUAUAUGAAAUGUGCACCCUCAAGCACGCGGUAAGUAUUAUUCUACAGUAAAUAUAAGCACAAAGCUAUCUUUAGUGGCAGUGGUGUUUCUUUUAGGUUUUAUCGCCAGGUAAGAAGCUGGGAUUACGGAUGAGAAUGCUCAGCCACUAUGAAUGGAAUCAAAGCAGGGCUGCUUAUUGAUCAUUUAAAGUGAAACUGCUUUCUUAUAGUGCUCCUCUUCUACCAAUAUGGUACAGUCACACUUCAGAUUCAGAGAGAUCUG